CACUUUUGACGCACCUGCUCGGUCCCAUGUGCCAACGAUAAACACGAUGUCCUAAUUCAAUAUAUUUUAAUUUUCCUUCAGUAUUAUAUAUUCCCACACUCGCCAAAGUAGUGAAAUGACACUUGAAAUCAAUAAAAUCAUAAGAAAGAAAAGAUGGCUCAGAGCGAUACAGUGAAGCUGAUAGGUUCUUGGUCCAGCGGUUUUGCACUUAGGGCUCGAGUGGCUCUACACUUGAAAUCAGUCGAGUACGAGUACUUGGACGAACCUGAUGUUCUCAAAUCAAAGAGCGAACUACUUCUCAAGUCAAAUCCCAUCUUCAAGAAAGUCCCUGUUCUCAUCCAUGGCGAUGUUUCCAUCUGUGAGUCACUCAACAUCGUUCAGUACGUCGAUGAAGCUUGGUCCUCCGGUCCUUCCAUCCUUCCUUCUCAUCCGUACGAUCGUGCCAACGUUCGGUUCUGGGCUCUUUACGUCGACGACAAGAUAUUUGCAUCGUUGGAAGCGGUGGGCGGAGCAAAAGACGACGAGGGGAGAAUGGCGGCGGCCGGAAAGUUGAUGGGGUGUUUGGCGACACUUGAAGAGGCGUUUCAGAAGAGCAGCAAAGGAUUAGGGUUCUUCGGAGGAGAAAACAUUGGCUUCCUGGACAUUGCUUGUGGGGCCAUUUUGGAUCCAAUCUCUGUGAUCGAAGCAUUUUCCGGCGUCAAGUUUCUCCGGCAAGAAACAACACCUGGGUUGAUCCAAUGGGCCGAGAAGUUUAGGGCCCAUGAAGCUGUCAGGCCUUACAUGCCUAACCUUGAGGAGUUAAUUGCAUUCGCAAAGAAGAAGUUUAAUAUUGAGUAGUAAUUUGCCUCCUCUAUGAGCAAUGUGUGGAUUAUACGAAUGAAUGACUGAUAUUUGUCUGUUUUGAGAUUUUUUAUUUUUGAGUUCUAUGUAUUUGCUGAAACCUUAAAAUAAAAUAAUAUGCCAAUUUGGUAUAUGAACCUGAA